ACCAUUCGUACUGUGUCAUGUGUGAGGAUAGUCAAUGCAUAUUCACUGAAUUACAGUUUUUCAGCAGCAUUCAUAUUAAAAGAAACAUCUGUUUCAUGUUUAUCAUAUAAUUUAUCAACUUUAAAAUGGUGCGAAAUAAGAUACAUCAUUCGGAAAUGUGUACUAUGUAUCUCUUAAAACCUGGGCAGACAAUCGAAAAUACCAAAGUGUCUGAAAGAACUCGGGCGUUAGUUGUGACGAAGGACACCUUUCAGCGUUUUGUGGAUUAUACUACGGAGGAUGAUAGAAUAGCGGCACAGCAAGAAAAGAAAGCUGCAAAAAUAGCAGCAUUAAAAAAAGCGACUUAUGAAAAAAGUAAAACAUGGGACAGCACAAUAGAAAAUAUUCAGGCGAGACGAAGGGAAGAAUUAUUGUCAAAAAGACAAAAAGCCGAAGAAGAGAGAAAAAUGUUCGUAAAGGAAAUGACAGAGAAAAGGUUGGCAGAACGUGCUGAAGUGGUGCAACAAGCAAGAAGAUUGCUUGAGCAAAAGAGGCCUUUGUGUCGACAGAUUAAUCGCGCUCUCCUCGUCUCUGAGUGUCUCAGAGAGCUGGACGCUCAAGUGGCGUUUCAAAAGACUAUUAGAGCAAUGGAUAAGGAGCAUGAUGUAAAAUAUGCUAAUUCAAUUAAGGCAGAUGUUGCAAAAUAUAAGGAGCAAAAGAAACAAGAAACAGAAGAACAAGCACAGAAAAUCAAGGAUUAUAGAACUAAAUUGAAGAAACAGAUUGAAGAGAAUGAUCGGAUCAAUAAGCAGAAAGAAAUGGAGGAAUUCGAAACUGAAAAACAGGAGCAAAGAAAUACGACACGUGAUAUGCAACUUAUGAAAGAAAAAGAAAUGCAAGACAUAUUAAACAAAAAGAAAAAACUCCAGCAAUUUUUCAAGGAAGCGAUAGAGGAGAAGAAACGAUUCGAACUAGAAUUAAAGCAAAAUGAAGAAUUCGAAGAUCGAGCGUUAGAAGUUACUCGAGAAGCUAAAGCCAAAAUAGAGAAAAUUCACAAAUCAUUAGCGUUAAAGGAAAAGGAAGAGAAAGCGCGACAAAUGCAGAUUAGAGCGGAGCAACAUGUUUCAACUGAACAGAUUUACGAGGCUAAAGAGCGAGAAAUCUUGAAAAAAGCUGUCGAGGAAAAACAGGCAGCCGAGGUAGAAAAACGAAAAGCUCAAAAGGAACGAGAAGAGAAAAUGCGUGUUCUCAUGGAGGAAUAUAGGCUUCACGAUGCAGCUAUAAAGACCAAGCAAAGACAAGAGGAGAAGGAUCUAAGAGCUUGGGAGAUGAUGCAGAGAUUUAAAAGAGAUGAGUAUGACAAGCAGCUCGACUUGGAAGAACGCAAGCAACAGCGGCAACAAAAAUUGAAAUAUGGAAACAAACUACGGAAAAAGACUAGACUUAACGAAAAACAAAUCGAAAAAGAACGUGAAAAACAAGUUCUCGAAGUCGAAGCCACUAAAGCUGCAAUCGAGAAAGCUAAUCAAAGGAUUUUGCUUUAUGGCAACGAAGUUUUAGAAGAAUCAAAAGGUGUGAGACCGCUUUAUCCGAUUGUCAAAGCUAUAGAGGAGAUUAAAAAAGAAAUGGGGUUAAUGCCGAACAAGAAGAAAGUCGAAAAAAGUCGUCGCUACACUUGUCCAAAACCUGUUGCGGUCGAUCAAAUAUAUUAUUUGCAGUAAACUGCCGUUUGCAAUAAACAGCGUUAAUUUGUAAGUCACUCGACCGCAAUUACCAGACAUCCGCCCGAUCAUUAUAUCGUUUAUUUGGGACGCUACCCGAGUUAUUUUCGCAUCACACCGUCGAGUCUGGCACGUUUCGCCUCACGCAAAAAUCGGUAGAAACAAAGUUUCCAUGUCAAAACAAAAUUUACCAGCAAUUUACGAACAAAGAAUUCGGCGAGUUGUGAAAGUUCGAGUACUCUCACGGUUGUUUACUGCAGCGGGCACUCGUUAUACAUCAUAAUACAUUACACUUCUUUCUCGAGCAAUUAAAUAAGCUGUCUGAAACAGGUUUCCUCGAAAACAUGUUUCGUAUCAUGUGCACAAACAAUUAACAAAACACAUGAAUUAACAUAACAUAUUACCGUACAACAUUAUUUCGGUAAUGUAGCACAUGCAUUUAAUGCAAACUAUUUUCUCAUACAAACAAUUAUAAAAUAUUCUUUUAAUAGGCAAUACUUGAUAUGUAUCAAACACUUAUAUCAGAAUAAAUUAAUCUAAAAUAGCAAACAUCUAUGUUUUUUUUCCUUUUGUUUGAGUCAAAUAAUAAAUGCAAAUAAUAAUCUAAUAAAAUCUAAUUCAUAUAAAAAUCGAUUUAUAAGAAUCGAUAUUUAAUCGAUAUUUUUCGCUACAAAGCGUGGCGUUUUAAUAGGUUAAAAAUAAAAUUUUGUAAAAUGCAGUUUUACAAGAUUUGACAUUAUAGACUCGCGCGUACUUACACAUGUAUCUCGACUUGGAAGAUUUUACGCAAGUAUUUUAGAUUACGGUGUGAGGAAUAAGUCAUUUAAUUAUCCAACUUAUUCGUAAACAUUUAUCUCGUCGAUACAACAAAACAUAUUAAAGAUGUCAAAGAAAGAUAAAGAAACGAAGGAAAAAAGGAAACCUAUACCGCCAACGAUAAAUUUUUUGCUGGGUGGCCUUUCCGGGUAAUUUCGUACAGCAUUGAAUUAAAAUAGAGUUAAUCAAUAUUUUUUGUAUCAAAUUUCUUUAACACUAAUAUGUUUCAAAUUCCAUUUGUAUGGCAGAAUGGCGGGCACUUGCGUAGUCCAUCCAAUGGACGUGAUCAAAAAUAGGAUGCAAGUGCACAAGGGAAGAGCAUCGAUCUUGAAUAUAAUCGCCACCACAUACAGCAAAGAGGGUAUUACUUCGUUUUACAAUGGCUUAACGGCCGGUCUCGUCAGACAGGCAACGUACACGACUGUACGACUGGGGAGUUAUAAUCAGAUGCAAGAUAUUUGGAGGUAAUUUGAUACUAUCCA